AUGUCUAGCCCUCGAAAAUCACCGUAUUUGAAUGAGGAAUACACGGUCGGCUGGAUAUGUGCUCUUCCCGUCGAGCUAGCUGCAGCGAGGGGUAUGAUUGAUGGAGAAGAUCAUAAAGAGCCACAAACUUCACCAGCCGCUGCGGACCAAAAUAGGUACACAUUGGGGACAAUUGGCAACUUCAAAGUCAUCAUUGCUUCCUUACCCAAGGAUCAGCUCGGUUCCUCCUCCGCCACCGCUUCUGUCAAGGACAUGCUGUUUACCUUUCCCAAAACCCGAAUCGGACUUUGUGUUGGCAUAGGUGCCGGAAUUCCGGACUAUGACAGCCAAGAUGAACAUGAUGUCCGCCUGGGAGAUGUUGUUAUCAGCAGCAGCUCCAAGACCGGGGGCGUGGUCGCUUAUGAUUUAGGCAAAAGACUUGCUGAUGGAUCUUUUGAGACUCGAUCUGCCCUGGCUCCGCCUCCUCGCUCGUUGAGCUCGGCUCUUGCGGCAAUGCAGGCGCAGCACGAGAUGGAAGAAAAUAAGAUACCAUUUUAUGUGGGCCAAAUGAUUGAGAAACAUCCAUUCAUGCGCAAGAAGGGAUACACCAAGCCGGAAUCAGAUCUAGAUCGCUUUUUCAAGGCUGAUUACAUUCAUGUUGGAGGGAAUAAAUGCUCCAAGUGUGAAGAUUCAGAGGCUAUAGAGCGGGAGAACAGAUUUGAUGAAGCGCCGCUCAUUCAUUAUGGAACAAUUGCAUCUGGAAACAUGGUCGUCAAAGAUUCGAUUCUGCGUGAUGAGAUUCGAGACAAGCACGGCGCAUUGUGCUUGGAGAUGGAGGCCGCUGGGUUGAUGAACAACUUUCCUUGCGUGGUGAUCCGGGGUAUCUCGGACUAUGCAGACUCUCACAAAAACGAUAGAUGGCAGCCGUAUGCCGCGGCUGUGGCUGCUGCGUGCGCAAAGGAAUAUUUGGAACAUGUACAGGUGAAGGACGUGGACGGAGAGCCGACGGUGAAGGCAAUACUGGAGAAAGUGCAAGAAGUUCAUACCGAAGUGACCAAAGUUGGAAAAUUUGUGGCAACUAAAGAAACCAAACAGGUUCUUGAUUGGAUCAGCUCAGUAGAUUUCAUUGACCAGCAAAAUGACAACAUCAGCCUGAGACAAGAAGGAACAGGCAGUUGGCUUAUAAAUUCGGAAGAGUUCACUCAGUGGAUGAAUGGCAAUAGCGAACAUCGCACUUUGUUCUGUCCUGGGAUUCCAGGCUCUGGCAAGACACUUAUGGCCUCAAUCGUGAUAGAGCAUUCGAGGGAAACUUUCAAAGACAACUCAGAUAUAAAAGUUGCUUUUGAAUUUUGCAGCUACCAGUCAAAACAUCGACAGACAAAGUCCGAGUUGUUGCUCAGUCUUCUUCGGCAACUUGCGCUUCGCUCUCCAGAUGCAGAUUUGCUGCCGUGUGUAUUGAAACUUUUCCAGACCCACAGCUCACAGUCUACGAGACCUCAACCUUUGGAGGUGGAAGCAGUUAUAAAGGAUGCCAUUGGGUCAUAUUCCUCUGUCUUCUUGGUCGUUGAUGCUCUUGAUGAGUAUUACUCUGCAGACAGAGAAGACUCGAGAUUAUUCUUCGAGGCCUUGCGCAAAAUUCGCGAACAUACUCACGUCAAAGUCUUCGUGACAUCGCGAUACAAUGAGGAUAUUUCAUCCCAUUUUGUUCCUUUUGUCACGAAAGAAAUUCGGGCUCACGACGAUGAUAUACUGAAAUAUGUGAAAGAAAGAAUGCCCCAGCUUCGUAUUUCGAAAACUUCACAAACCCUCGAAUUUCAAGAGCACGUUCAAGGAGGGGUUAUCAAAGCUGCGGAUGGAGUAUUUCUACUUGCAAAAUUGCACAUGAAUCAUCUGAUGGACUUUUUGACUAUUAAGAGAGUUAAGAGCGCAAUAACUCAAUUGCCUCGAGGUACAACCGGUCUCAAACUAGCAUAUGAUCAGGCUAUGCUACGGAUUACAUCCCAAUCAGGAGGAGAGUCCGAUGAAGAAUCUGAAGGUGAAGGGUCUGCGUCUGAAUUGGCGUUGAAAGCUCUGUCUUGGCUCACUUUUAGCAAGACAGCUCUAACAGCCGAUCAACUCAUACACGCUAUCGUCACCCGGCCAGGGAUGAAAAACCUUGACUGGGAAGCAUUUGUUGAUAUAAAUGUCAUUGAAAGCAUUUGCGCUGGUCUUGUUGCAUUUGAUCGAAAUACCGGCAUCGUGCGUUUGGUACACUACACCACAAAGACAUACUUAUCAAAGAGCAGCUAUCUUCAGGAUUCCGGAGAAAAAAUGGCUAAAGUUAUCAUAACCUAUCUUAGCUUCCACGCUUUCUCCACUGGACGAUGCAGUGCCGAAUCGAGCUUUGUUCUGAGGGAGGAGCGCUAUCCUCUUCUUACCUAUUGUGCCUUGUAUUGGGGAGCACAUGUUUCGACACUGAUCAAAAGGUCCCCGGACCUCUUCGCUUUAUGUGUGCGGUUCUUGGAGCUAGAAAUGAACGUUCAGGCAGCCAGUCAGGCUAUGAUCAUUGAGCUCUAUCACUACUUUCAACAGAACCCACUGAGGAGAAAACGUAUUCCGUGGAGUAUUUCAUUCGGCUUGACAAAGAUCCACCUCGCUUGCUACUUCAAUCUUGAUAUGCUUCUUGCUCAUUAUCUCUCUCGAGAUGAAGAUGUCAAUAUCAAAGACUCCAUGGGAAAAGUACCUAUCGUGUGGGCAAUUGAAAAUGGACACGUUGAAUCAGCACGGGUACUUCUUGAAUCUUGCCGUAUAAAUCCAGACGUCAGAGACAUUGGAGGAAAAUCUCUGCUCAUGUAUGCGGCUGCUGGUCGAUAUGUACAAAUCGCCGAGCUCGUGAUUUUGCAUGGCGCCUCUCCUGAUAUUCGCGAUAACAUGGGAAGAUCCGCCUUAGCCUAUGCAGCAAUUACUGGACAGAUCGCAAUGAUCAAGCUUCUGGUUUCCCAAAAGGUUGAAAUCAACUACUCACAUGAGCCAAAAGCGAAGGAAUAUCUCGAUGAUAGUUCCAUGGCUGACUCGCUCUUAAAUGCAGCGGACGCUCUUGAGCAACAUGGGCCGAUUUUCCUAUUUGACAGGGUGGCAGAUCCUGUGGGCACCCCUCUUAUCGACACUGUUUCUAGCAUACACACGGAAGCCGCCGUUCUUCUCCUAGAUCACGGAGCGGAUCCAAAUUUUGAAAACUCCGAGGGUGAUACUCCUCUGUCCGCUGCGGUGGCAAGAAGGAGCGAAGAGCUAGUGAAUAUACUUCUUGAAAGAGGAGCCACACUUGAAGCCUCACCUUCGACUCUUUGCUAUGCUAUUGAAGCUGGAGAUAGCAAAAUUGUCCGUCGUUUCCUCGAAGCCGGAGCGGAUCCUAAUUUCAAAUAUUUGCCAUCUUCACUGCAACGCUCAGACGACUAUGUGAAUUCUCUGGAGCCCGUAUCCUUAGAAGAAAUGAUGACCAUGUUUAGUCCUGGGGCCUUGUCCACCAAUUUGAUUUUUGUUCCAGAGACUGCUCUGUUUCGUGCGACACGGUUGGGACAUUCAGAUGUGGUAUAUGAGCUUCUCUCAUACGGUGCUGAUCCUAACCAACGAAAUGGAAAAGAAGAAACACCCCUGUUUGUUGCAUCUAAAAUUGGGAAUACUCAGGUUGCGCAGCUUCUUCUUGAGCAGGAUAUUGCUGGGAACACCCCAUUGUUCGGGGCAGUUGAGAGUGGAUCUGUAGAAACUGUCAAGCUUCUCUUGUCCAAAGGAGCAGAUGUUUUUCAGACCAACGCUAUACAUGAGACGGCAUUAUUUGGUGCAACCAAGCAUCUUAGUCCAGAGUUAUGCGAGUUAUUGCUAGCGCAAGGUGCAGACCCGGACGCCAUGAAUCUUCUUCAAUGCACUCCUUUAUUCAAAAUAGCCCAAGAUGUUUGCCUCAUAACCAGCUCAGCGGCCAAACACUUUAUCCCUGGAGAUCACGACUAUGAAGUCUUUGUCAAAAUUGCGACACUCUUGAUUGAACAUGGGGCAAACCCGUCACCCCAACAGUUUCACCCAGAAUUGGAAGAGGUUAGGGAGUGUUUGCAGAUGUUCAUAGCUAUGUGUAGUCAGCCUUUAUCCCCCGACCAACGGCCACCAGAGCUGGCCAUGCUUGCCCGCGGCCUUUGGGGUGAAAAGCUAAGCUCAUUUACUGACGAAAGAGUUUAUACGUUUUUGGAGCUCGUCUGCUUGGGCCGUAAAAAGAUUGAAAGUUGUGGAGAAAGUCCCUUUUAUUGGAUCUCAGCAAUGGGGAAUUGCGAUUUGGUCUCAAGGGUUCUUGAAGAAAAUUUGGCUAUCAAAGCCGAGAACUCUGGUCUUCUUCAAGGCGCAGUGGCAUCCACAAAUGUCGACAUGGCUGAAUUGGUACUGAACGCUCUUGGGGAAGAAGUCCUUGCCGCACAGUCACUUUCAGAUCUUCUUGCAGCCCCAGCACGAGACGGAAAUUUGAACAUGUUCAGACUAAUCUUCAAGCGACUUUUUUCACCGGAAUCCAGCAUUGGCUAUAGUUUGUUUUUGGCGGUCACAAGUGGAAAUACCGAUCUUGUGGAUUUCAUUUUGGCCAAUGUCAACGAUCCACCUCUGGUCGGUAAAACCGGUCUCAAUGUCCUUCACUGGGCCGUUCUUUCCAAGUCUCCUGCAAUGGUCCAAUUUUUGUUGGAGCAUAAAUUACUUGAAAACAUUGAUAUCAAUGCAAAAGACGAUCUCAGGCUUUCUCCGCUUCACUGUGUGACUCAACUUAGGCACGAGAAUACGCCGAUUGCAAAACUUUUUCUUGAGAGAGGUGCCGAUCCCAACAGCACAGAUACUCCUAUGCUUGAACCCGAAGAGCCGCUUGAACCCGAAGAGUCAGCCUCUAAUUCUGGUGAUCACUCCCAAGAUUUAGACUUGAAGGACUUGGGCCUUGAGAAUCUCAGUAUCCAAGAGAAAUAUUAUCACUGGAAUCUUUUGGCUUUUGCAGCUCACAAUGGGGCGGUUGAUCUACUUGAAGUAUUACUUGAAUACAAGGCGGACUCAGAUCCCCGAAACCAAUUUGGUGUCAGACCAAUAUGCUUAGCAGCUCUGGAUGGACAUGAAAGCAUUGUGAGAAUUCUUCUCGAUAAUAAUGUCAACCCAAACCAAGUUGAGGGCUCCAGUGAAGCACCCCUUACAUGGGCCCUUCGGCGACAUAUGGACGUUUACCGUCACGACUCAUCCAGGAUAUCUGACUGGCCAGGCUCUAAAGCAGUGGAGGGAACGGUCAAUAUCCUCCUACAGCGAGGGGCAGAUCCAAAUCCAGCAGAUGGAUCAACACCAAUACUGGCUGCGCUCAGCCUGUAUGCGGAAGACCUGGUUCUACUGUUAUUGAAAGCCGGAAGCAGCCCACAUUGCCGUGAUGCAUAUGAGCGUACACCCCUGAUAAUUGCCACAGCUCUGGGGAUGAAACGAGCUGUUGCAGCAUUGUUGGAGAUACCAGAUGCGUAUACCGAUCCAGAGACCAAGGAUAUCUAUGCUCCUGCACAGACGUUGGAGCUCCUUUGA